UUUGGCAGCACAGAAGAAUGGUAUGUUACAGGUCUCUGAGCACUCAAACAACUCAAACUUCUUAAAGCCAAUCAAUAUUGCUCAACCUGUUUACAUUGAAGGCCUUGAUACCAAGAACACCAGCCCUCUGGCGAAAAGGAAGGAUGAAACGAAGCCAUUAGUACUACCCUAUCAAGCACCAAGUUCUUUCAUCGUAGACAAUGAUCUACUCAAAAGAUGCACUGAUAAUAUUGGACAAGAGAGCAAUCAUAAAGAAUUGGAAGAUUUAGGCAGUACCAAAAGCGAAUAUGAUGCAAGAAUAAUGUCUCUAUCACUCAACGCAUCAUCAUCGAAGGCCUCUCGUGAGCUGUUGAGGUUCAGCAAAGCAGCUGGGAAUUCAGAUGCGAAUGAUGUCUCUCUUGAGCUCACUCUUGGUACUUAAAAUCAUCAUGCACAUCUUUAUGCAGACAAUGUAGAAACUUGAAAAAAGUGAUUCUAGAGUUAAUUAGUACCUCUUUUUCAGUAUUCUCCUCCAAUCUAUGCUUCAUGUGCAAUUAGAUUAACGACCGGAUGCCUUAAAUUGACACUAGCAUUAACAUUUAACUGUACGAAAUGGAGUGAGUG